AAGUUGUUAUUGUUACAGUUCUGACUUGACUUUCUUCUUUCUCAGAUUAAAGUUUGUUGAUUUUUUCUUUAGAUCUCUUGUUUAUUUCAUUUCUGUUUCACAAAUUUUCAGUUUUUUAGAGGCUUCACUUUUUCUUUGAUCUUUGGUGGGUUGCGAUUAUGCUGUAGAGCUUUGGCCGGCUUCCGAUUUUUUCCCACUACAGUAUAAUUUAUCAACAUUCGGAAGAGAGAGAGAUAUAUACGACGGUUGUCCACAGCUUGUAAAAUGUCUUUCCGAAGCAUAGUUCGUGAUGUAAGAGAUAGUAUUGGGAGCUUGUCCAGACGGGGUUUCGAUGUUAGAUUGACAGGCCAUCAUAGAGGGAAAUCACAUGGUUCUUUACAUGAUUUACAUGACCAGCCUGAUGUAAUUCAGAAUAGUCGCUGGGCUAGUCUUCCUCCAGAACUACUUUUUGAUGUAAUCAAGAGGCUGGAGGACAGUGAGAGUUCUUGGCCUGCUCGAAAGCAUGUUGUUGCAUGUGCUGCAGUUUGCCGGGCUUGGAGGGCUAUGUGCAAAGAAAUUGUUAGAAGUCCAGAGUUCUGUGGGAAGCUUACUUUCCCGGUUUCCCUGAAGCAGCCUGGGUCACGUGACGGAACCAUUCAAUGCUUCAUUAAAAGGGAUAAAUCUAAUUUAACAUAUCACCUCUUUUUGUGUCUUAGUCCUGCCUUAUUAGUUGAAAAUGGGAAAUUUCUUCUUUCUGCGAAAAGGACCCGUCGAACUACUUUCACGGAGUAUGUAAUCUCAAUGGAUGCUGACAACAUUUCAAGGUCAAGCAGUACUUAUAUUGGAAAAUUGAGAUCAAAUUUCCUUGGGACAAAAUUCAUAAUAUAUGACACACAGCCACCAUAUUCCUCUGCCAAUAUUCCUCCUCCGGGAUGUACAAGUCGUAGAUUUUAUUCCAAAAAGGUUUCCCCAAAAGCCCCGACUGGCAGCUAUAAUAUAGCCCAGAUUGCAUAUGAGCUGAAUGUGCUUGGAACCCGUGGCCCGCGAAGGAUGCAUUGUAUCAUGCACUCAGUUCCAGCCUCAACAGUUGAUGCAGGUGGCACUGUACCUGGACAGCUGGAGCUUCUUCCCCGCUCUCUUGAGGACUCAUUUCGCAGCAUCUCCUUCUCAAAGUCCCUUGACCACUCAGUUGAAUUCAGCAGCGCACGAUUUUCUGAAAUCGGUGGGCCUCAUGAUGACAAUGGGGAUGGAAAAAUAAGGCCCCUGAUUCUCAAAAACAAGGCCCCAAGAUGGCAUGAACAACUGCAGUGUUGGUGCCUGAAUUUCCGGGGAAGGGUAACCGUUGCAUCUGUUAAGAAUUUUCAGUUAAUUGCCGCUACACAGCCAGCUACUGGUGCACCCACUCCAUCACAAUCAGCUCCACCUGACCAUGAUAAGAUAAUUCUGCAGUUUGGCAAAGUCGGAAAAGACAUGUUCACCAUGGAUUAUCGAUAUCCUCUCUCAGCGUUUCAGGCAUUUGCCAUCUGCUUGAGCAGCUUUGACACCAAACUUGCCUGUGAAUAGAACAAUAAAAACACAAUACUUAAAGUGUGGUAAGAGCAAAGAGUAAUAACCACCAUUUCUUAGUGUUUUCUUGUUUUUUUUUUUUAUUUUCAUUAGGAUAGAAAAUUGUUGUCAAUGUUAUUGUGUUGUGUAAAAUCUUGAUUGUAACUUUUGUGAAUGUCCUAAUAACAGGACUCAUAAUUGUAAACACGAAUCUGAUUGUUACCUUUAAACCUAACAUUUUCUUCA